ACUUCGGCUAAAGAUAAGACUGGUCGACCUAUCGCAAAUGCAUUCCUCACUCUUCCUAACGCCGUACUGUGUUCCCCAGACAAGAAAUAAAUGAAUAUUUGAACUGAUGAGCUUCACAGAAGGAUGUACCUGGAUAUUAUGAAGAGGUCAAAUUACCUAUGGCGCUUGAUACUAUACAGGAAAAACUGAGCAACAAACAAUAUCCGACGCUGGCAGCAUUAGAAAGCGACUUUAAGCGCUUGGUCACGAACGCAAAAAUGUUCAACGAAAAGACGUCAGCAAUCUAUCUCGAUGCAGAAAGAGUUCGAAAGACAGCUUCGAAUUGGAUGACCCGAUACAACCCUGCAUACAAGGUGGCAGGAUACUCAGCCGUCGCAACGCCUAUACCAGGCGAAGAAAUAUCGACGCCCAUCUUGAAGAUCUCUACACCUCGCCCCAUGAAUUCUACACCAGUCGCACCAAGCACACAGAAAUUGCGUCUCACAAACGCAGCCCGGCCACCACCGGAAACACCUGCCACAACUCGUCCAAAACGAGGCGCUGUCAGAGAAAAGGAGUCCGAGUCUACAUCACCCGACGAUGCGGGGAAAAGUCUCCAGGACGCUCAAAUUGCAGUCAUCGAUUAUAUGAUAAAUUAUACCGAAGAAGACUUAAAUAUCUUCGAGCCAUUCGUUACAAAACCCCCCCGCACUCUUGGCGACUACUACUCUAUCAUAAAAUACCCUGUAGCUUUAAACGGCAUCAAGAAAAAGUGUGAAGGCAAGUUCCACAGGGGGAAAGCGACUGACGUAACCGAGUUCCCGACAUGGGAAGCGUUCGAAGAGGAAGUAUCGUAUAUUUGGAAGAAUGCCAAAACAUACAAUGAAGAUGGUAGCGACAUAUUCAACCUUGCACUCGAAUUUGAAACAAUAUUCAAGGAAAGACUUGCUGAGGCCAAACGAGACGUCCCGGGACCCUCCCACCCUACCAUCAAACUAAAGAUGCCUGCUCAGAAACCGGCUGCACGUCUUUCACUGAAGUUUCCAGGCAAAGGAAGUCCGAGUGUUGGCUCACCUGCGCCAGCCACACCAGACGGUCGCUCGUCUGCUACCCCUGGUGUGAUCAUCGACAGUGGUGCUUUAGCUCGCCAGCAGCAGCAUAUUAAGGCCAGUAUAAAUGGCAGUCAACAGCCAUCACAGAGCCAGCCUGCUCCAGGGUCUGCACCUCCUGUCAAUGGCACCAAGGGCAAUGGCGUGAAGGGCGAAGUCCAACAUGCAAGUUCACCACGAGCUGUAGCGAACGGUGUCUCGCAUAUUGCAAUGCCCCCGCCACCACCACAUGUGGCUCCACGACCGCCGACUGUGAGUCCUUUGUCUUUCCAGCACAACGUGCCCUUACAGCAGCAAUAUCAUGCUGCUCCUUCUACCGCCAGAGAUGAUACUCGCCGGAAGAAGGAUCUGGAGAUCAUACUACCCAACAUACAACUUAGCACCAACCCGGCUUUACGCUCUACUCCACAGUGGAAACUCAACAUACAGUCACAUCCUCAUCUCACGCAUCAGUCUGUUACCUGCACGCUUCCAGCAUCGCAGCACAUCCUUCAAGUCAUCCCAACUAUCCCAGUCGCGAAUACCGCACGACCUUAUCGACUUUUUGUCACCAUCAAUGGUACUAAGCUGACCCAAGCUAUACGACCUGGUCCAGGUGAACAUGAACGCGAAAAAGACCAUCCUCCAUACGACGUCAAGCUUGGACCAGGCGUCAACAGAAUCGAAGUAGAGCUCCUCGCAGGUAGCGACACGAAGGGCGGCAAGAAGGAAGAAGUCCUACGAGAGGUUUGUACCAUAUUUGUCAACCUACUCCGACCGUAGGUGUCUGUACGACCUUUUUCUGGUGGUUACGCCGGGCGUUCGGUUAUGUUAGGUUCUCAAAAUACGUCAGUCGAGGAGACUGUUCUACGUGGUAUGGGAAGUUUCAGGCGUCUAUUCUCCUUUA